GGAGGGAAGGCGGUUGGGCACGCGCUGCGGGCGGUGCUUGACCGGGAAGGAGGCAGGGGCGGGGGCGAACGAGCUCCACCCUCAGGCGCCCGGGAGGAGCGGUGGCCGGAACGCGGGGCUGGAGAGCGCGGCUUCCUCGGCCCGCGGCCAGCUGGCAGUGGGAGAGGCCGCCUCCGCGCCAAGCAAAGUCAUUGCCAGCCCUUGCCUUCGGCUUCGCGUGAUUCUGGGCGGCGCUGGAGCGGGAGAGGAGGGGGCCGCAUCUCCGGGCUAGCACCCCCCCCACUUCGAACGGCCCAGGAAUGCGGCCGCCGGAAGCCCCCCGCCCCUCUCCCCAUCCUAACGGGCGCUCCCUUGUGCCAGUCAUGGCCGUCUUUGGGGGUCCCAGCGGGAAGCUGAAGGUGGGAUCACCUACUUCAGAUCCCUUAAAGGAUCUGACAGAAGUGGACCAGCAACUGAUCCGAGAUAUUUGGGGAAAGGUGUUUGACAAUGCUGAAGAAAAUGGCAGAAUUGUUAUCAUCAGGUUCUUCACAGAAUACCCAGAGAGUAAGCAGUAUUUCAAGAACAUUCCAAAUGAAGGGGACCUGAUGAUGAUCCCGGAGGUGGGCUUCCAUGGCCGGAGGAUCAUGGUGACUCUGAACCAGCUGAUUGAAAGCCUGUGUCACUGGAAGCAAGCCUGCAAGCUCAUUGAGCGGCUGGUGGAAAGCCACAAGAACAUACACAAGGUCCCAUUAAGCAUGUUCCAGUUCCUAUUUCAGGCCAUUCUCUCUGUCUUCCAAGAUCUCCUCAAAGAAGAGUUCACUGAUGAUGCCCAGUUAGCCUGGGAGAAGUUCUUCUUGAUUCUUCGAGAAGAAAUUGAAACUGCUUAUGCACAAGAACAGAAGCUUUGAACAAGCCCUGACUGACAUUAAGCAAUUGGGGAGCGGGUCCCCACCUCAUUGUGCUUGUAUUGGAGGAAAUAAAAUAAAAAAUAAAUGAAAUAAAAUAUAAAUAGAAUGAAAUGAAAUGAGUCCUUUAAUAAAGUGCUGGUUAUUUCUC